GCAAGCCAUUUAUUAGGUCAUGUGAGUCUCCAAGCGCCCAACUCAAGCUAUAAACCACAGACCUCCUCCUAAACAAACCAAAACUCCUCCUUUGCCUUGCCUGUUGUUUUCGAAUUUUGAUCCUCCUAAGUCCGAACAAUUUUCUUCCCUUUUCUAUCGCGUGCAUCAAUUGGUAUGAACCUCACUAUAAAUAUUUUCUCAUUCCGUUUUCCUCUUCGAAUCCUUUCUGUUUGCCCACUUAUAUUUUCCCCCAACAUUAGAGAAAAGGAGAAACUAUUCGUUCCCUGCAACUGAUCAGAGGGUUGCAGUGUUUCGGCUUCCUGGGUAGAUCUGCUUACUGCUUUCUCGCCUUUGUUUCCAGAGAAAAUCUGGGAAACGCAGAGGGAUGAAAAGGCUUAGGGACGAUGUUUACGUUGGCUCUCAGUUUAAACGGCCUUUUGGUUCUUCCCGCGGGGAAUCCUAUGGGCAACCCCAGAUCCCAGGACCAGGGGGAGGGGGAGGGGGAGGAGGAGGAGGAGGAGGGGGUGGUACUGCACAGAAACUGACAACUAAUGACGCCCUAACCUAUCUCAAGGAAGUAAAGGACAUGUUCCAAGACCAGCGAGAAAAAUAUGACCAGUUCCUUGAUGUCAUGAAAGAUUUCAAGGCUCAGAGAAUUAAUACGGAUGGUGUUAUAGCGAAGGUGAAGGAAUUAUUCAAAGGACACAAUAACCUAAUUCUUGGAUUUAACACCUUCUUGCCAAAGGGAUAUGAAAUAACCAUUGCUAAUGAGGAUGAGACCCCACCAAAGAAGACAGUAGAAUUUGAAGAGGCUAUCAAUUUUGUUAACAAAAUAAAGAAACGUUUUCAAAAUGAUGAUCGUGUUUACAAGUCAUUCCUAGACAUCUUGAAUAUGUACCGGAAGGAGCAUAAGGACAUCAACGAGGUUUAUCACGAGGUUGCUACUCUAUUUGAUGACCAUCCAGAUCUGCUUGAAGAGUUCAGAAGAUUUCUACCAGAUUCAUCAGCAACAGUGUCAACACAAAUUCCAUUUGGCCGAAAUUCAUUUCAGCGUUUUGAUGAGCGGAGCUCUGCAUUGCCCACAUUGCGGCAAACAAAUAUGGACAAGCUUCGCCGGAGAGAAAGGGUCAUUACUUCUCACACUGACCGUGAUCUGAGCGUCGAACGUCCUGAUCUGGAUGAUGAUAAGUCAAUGAUGAAGGGGCACAAGGAGCAGAGGAAGCGUGCUGACAAGGAAAACAGAGACAGGAGAAAUCGUGAUCAGGAUGAUAGAGAACCUGAGCAUGACACUAAUAGGGAUUUUGGUGUGCAGCGUCUCUCUGAGAAGAAGAAAUCUGCACGGAAGGUCGAAGAUUUUGGUGCAAAUCCUAGUUUGGGAUCUUAUGAUGAUAAAAAUGCCUUGAAAAGCAUGUACUACCAAGAAUUUAUUUUCUGUGAGAAAGUAAAGGAGCGGUUAUCCAAUCCAGAUGAUUAUCAGGCCUUCUUGAAGUGCCUUCAUAUUUACAGCACAGAAAUAAUUAAUAGAAGCGAAUUGCAACGAUUGGUUGCUGAUUUACUUGGAAACCAUCCUGAUCUUAUGGAUGGUUUCAGUGAAUUUUUGGAGCGUUGUGAGAAUAUAGAUGGAUUCCUUGCUGGUGUUAUGAGUAAAAAAUCUUUGUGGAAUGAAGGACAUUUGCCUAGAUCGCUGAAAGUGGAGGAGAGGGAUAAAGAGCAGAGACGUGAAGCAGAGGCUGCUAAAGAAAAGGAUAGAUACAAGGAGAAAUAUAUGGCAAAAUCGAUUCAAGAGCUUGACCUCUCUAACUGUGAACGCUGCUCUCCAAGCUACCGGCUUUUGCCAGAUGAUUAUCCUAUACUUUCAGCAAGUCAGAGAUCAGAGCUUGGUGCGCAAGUGUUAAAUGAUAACUGGGUAUCUGUAACUUCAGGAAGUGAGGAUUACUCCUUCAAACAUAUGCGCAGAAAUCAGUAUGAAGAGAGCCUGUUUAGAUGUGAAGAUGAUAGAUUUGAGCUGGACAUGUUGUUAGAAUCUGUGAGUUCAACCGCUAAGCGUGCAGAGGAGUUGUUAAACAGCAUUAAUGACAAUAAAAUCAAUUUGGAGACUCCAAUUCGCAUUGAUGACCACUUUAAUGCCCUGAAUUUGAGGUGCAUUGAACGGUUAUAUGGUGACCAUGGCCUGGAUGUGUUGGAAAUAUUACGUAGAAAUCCAACUCUUGCGUUGCCUGUCAUAUUAACUCGUCUGAAGCAGAAACAAGAGGAGUGGACAAGGUGUCGAUUGGAUUUUAAUAAGGUUUGGGCUGAAAUUUAUGCGAAGAACCAUUACAAGUCACUUGAUCACCGUAGCUUCUACUUCAAGCAACAAGAUUCAAAGAGCUUGAGCACAAAAUCCUUGUUGGGCGAGAUUAAAGAGAUUAAGGAGAAAAAGCAGAAAGAGGAAGACGUGCUUCUGGCUAUUGCUGCUGGGUUUAGACAACCUAUAAUUCCAAAUCUGGAAUUUGAGUACUCUGAUCUGAGCAUUCAUGAGGACUUGUAUAAACUUGUCAAAUAUUCAUGUGAAGAGGUUUGCACAACUAAAGAACAGCUGAAUAAAGUUGUGAGGCUCUGGACUACCUUCUUGGAGCCAAUGCUGGGUGUUCCUUUUCGGCCUCGAGGCACAGAGGGUGCUGAAGAAGCAGUUAAGGUUAGGCAUCGCGUUAGAAGUAAUACUACUAUUGUAGGAGAAAGUGAGGGAAGUCCUGUUGCUGAUGCUAAUAUCAAGAAUUCUAAGCAGCCAAAGCCUUCUGGCACUGGAGAUGAAAGUACAUUACCUGAGGUAGCAAAUGCUUGCAGGACUGGUUUGGCAAAUGGGGAUGGUUUGGGUAAGGAAGAUGGUUUCCGUGACUCAGAUUGUUUUCAUAGAGACGCUGAUAAGGUACCUGGGUUCACUGUACAAGUUGCUUCUUCCAAUGCAACGCUUGCUGCUGGAGCAGAAAACAGUCAUGGCAGAACCAUGGAAGUGAUGUCAGGGCGUGGCACAACUACUGGACCUGGUAAUGCUGCCAUCGAGGUUGACCGUGAACCCAAGCUGAAUGUUGAUGUUGUACCUUCAUCAGAGGGUGGUGAUACUGCAAGACCUGUUUUGUCAGCAAAUGGGAUGUACCCAGAAGGUGUUAAAGCUCGCAGAUAUAAUGAAGAUUCUGCUGUGACUUCUAAAAUUGAAAAAGAAGAGGGUGAGUUAUCUCCUAAUGGUGAUUUUGAAGAGGAUAACUUCGUUCUGUAUGGUGAUGCUAGCAUGCAGACUGCGUCGAAAACCAAGCAUAUUGUUGAAAGAAGGCAAUAUCAAGUCAAUGGAAACAGAAAUUGUCAGGAUGCUGGAGGAGAAAAUGAUGCAGAUGCUGAUGAUGAGGAUAGUGAAAAUGGUUCCGAGGCUGGUGAAGAUGUCUCUGCCAGUGAGUCUGCUGGUGAUGAGUGCUCCCGGGAAGAGCAUGAAGAGGAGGAUGAUGUAGAACGUGAUGAACUUGAUGGUAAGGUUGAAAGUGAAGGUGAGGCUGAGGGUAUGGCUGAUGCACCCUUUGGAGGAGAUGGCAUGUUGUUGCCAUCAUCUGAACGUUUUCUAUUGACAGUGAAGCCUCUUGCAAAGCAUGUGCCUUCUGUAUUACAUCACAUUGGAAAGAAAGAUUCUCGUGUUUUUUAUGGAAAUGACAGUUUUUACGUGCUUUUUAGACUUCAUCAGGUACUGUAUGAAAGAAUAUUAUCAGCAAAAAUGAACUCAACAUCUGCUGAAAUGAAAUGGAAGACUUCAAAAGACACCAGUCCUUCUGAUCUCUAUGCCAGAUUUAUGAAUGUGCUGUACAGUUUGCUUGAUGGUUCUGCUGAUAAUGCAAAGUUCGAGGAUGAUUGCAGGGCUAUUAUUGGAAAUCAGUCAUAUGUGUUAUUCACAUUGGAUAAGUUGAUAUAUAAACUAGUCAAACAGCUUCAAAGUGUUGCGACUGAUGAGAUGGACAAUAAGCUUCUUCAACUAUAUGAAUAUGAAAAGUCUCGACGGCCUGGGAAAUUUAUUGAUUCAGUGUAUCAUGAAAAUUCACGUGUCAUCCUUCAUGAUGAGAACAUAUAUCGAUUUGAAUGUUCAUCUACCCCUUCCAGGUUGUCCAUUCAGCUGAUGGACAAUGGAAGUGAGAAGCCUGAGGUGGUGGCAGUUUCUAUUGAUCCAAACUUUGCGGCUUAUCUACACAAUGAUUUCUUGUCAGUUGUUCCUUGCAAGAAGGAACCAGCUGGCAUUCUCUUGCAGAGAAACAAGCGCAAAUAUGCAAGCGGUGAGGAACAUUCUGUCGCAUGCAUAGCCAUGGAAGGUGUUCAAUUGUUCAAUGGUUUGGAGUGUAAGAUAGCUUGCAACUCAUCUAAGAUCUCUUAUGUUCUGGACACUGAGGAUUUCUUUUUUCGCCCAAAAAGGAAAAGAAGAAAUCUAUCGGCAGUCAGAUCCUCGCAUCGUCACAAGGCAAGAGUGGAGCGAUUCUGUAAAUUCUUGUCUGCCUCAUUGUAAAGAUGAUAUGCAGUCUAACUGACACAAGCCAAAAACGACUACUGGAGAGAGGGGGACGAGGAUGACUGCAGAGGGGGAGUGUUUGCUUGGGCUCAGAAAUUUAGCAUCCUGUGAAUCUAUGGGCAGCUUUUGAGCCGUUCUGUAAAUAGGUUCUCGCAUGAUAAUGUAUUGUGUUCAUUAAAUUGUUUUGUUUCUUGGGAUCUUGUAGUUACUAGCUAGGAGCAUUUCUUUUUGUUAUUGACAAUUUGUAGUUUCCCUGUCAAGAUAGCAAAGCCCUCAGAGGCAGAGCUUGGGAAGAUGAAUAUGUAAGUGAUAGAAAAUAUGAUUAAAUAGAGGGAAAGGAAUAGCACAAAAGCUUACAUUUGAAAUUCA